AUGGGUCGGCUCGACCGGAGUGAUACCACGGCCUUACAGAAAACCGGCGUGAAAUACAACGCUGUGGUUACACAGCGUUGUGUUUCGCCGUGUGAAAGAGUGCCAUGUGCCUAUACAGACGAAAAAUGUCUUACAGAAAGUUGUGACCGAUCCUUUAAAAAGUUCAUAAAAGGCAAAAGUGGAGCAGAGUCUUCCGACCCAUUGCAUUUGGAUCCAAUUACGAUUGAUCUGCCUAAAAUGAAAUAUGGGACAAAAAACAAUUUCUUUUCGGGAAUGUCGAAUUGCCAUGUCGCGUUAACUCGAAUAUCAAUUGAGAACAGUAAAUUCCAGUACAAUAUCGCCUGCCCAAAUCUUACUAUGAAGACCGAUUAUGAUAUGGAAGGUCAAUUAAAUUCUAAGGAUAUUAACGAAACUGGAAACUGUGUAGUCAACUUUGACGAUUAUCUUCUAAGAUUUGAAGGAAACUAUGGCCAAUACAAUGGUGUGGAUAACAAGAUCCAUCUUCAGGUUAAAACCUACAAAUUCACACCUGAUAAUAAAGCAAGAGUACAUUACGAAUGUAAAAAACAUUCCAGUGACGAUAAACAAAAAUCUAAUGACUGGCGUGAUGCACACCAACAAGCCGCUAAGUAUUUACUGAUUAGCUUUAUGGAAAAAUAUAUGACAAACGUCAACCGAUUUUUGGAACGCACAUCGAAUGAAGAUCUGUUCUACCAGGAGUGA